UCUCGAGACAAUUCAAAAUGGCGGACGAAUUCCAGUGAAGACUGUUUACAAACAACUUGAAAACUGCUGUAUUCAUUAACUAUUCUGCAAGCAAAGAGACUGAAAGACCUUUCAACUGUGUUAAAUCUCAAGGAAUAUGGGAAUUGUUUUCAUCUACAUUUCACCAGUGUCGUAGCUACAAUAGUCCUGGGUGAUCUGGGAAGAUAUUUCCUUGUGACUCGUCGUUUCAUGGUGUGUCUGAAGGCAUUCUGUAUGGAAUCUUUGGCAUAAUUGUUGGCGAUUUUUAAAAGAAGAAGUUUUGGUAAUAGAUCUGGCUUUCUUGACGUUCUUGUUCAAAGGAAAUGUGAGAUUUGCAAGGCUCAUCAUUCGCUCAUUCACCGAUAGAUGAUCAACUUUGAUGUUGUAAUUCUUAUAAACUUAAAUUAAUCUUCAUCAAUCGAGCUUAACUAUUUGUCAUGCAGCGGGGACUAACGGAGAAGGACAGGCGUCGAAACACCUCUAAUGAGUGUCAAGCUCUUCGAGAUCUAGCGAACAAACUGAAGUUGGAACUUUUACAAAGCCAAGUGGAAACUCAAAAAGUUAAAGAUCAACUCCAGUGUGUUAUUUAUCUAGUUCGUAGAGCUUGGCAGGGAGAUGAAACAGCAUCACUACAUGUUGCAAACAUUGUUGGUGUAGCACCACCAAAGAUUCAGAGGUCAAACUUGAAUGAGGUUACAACCACACCCAAGUCAAGAGCGCUGAAUGGCUGGGCGAGGCUUGUAAUUGGUCUUUUAAAUCGCAUGUACCAUGAGGAGGAACUUGACCUGCGAGCUCAGCAACUUCUGUACAUGCGUGACAGAGAAGAACUCCUUGACGAACAGCUCAUGUCACACAAGGAUGUCAUGCAACAUCAAACAAAUGUUUCUUUUCUACAAACCAACACUUUACAGUUACUUCAGGCUAGAGAGGAGGAAAAUGCACGUCAGAGAGCAGAGGAAAGAGAGCGACUUGAGCAGCAGAAACAAGAGCUUCAUGCAAAGUUUAGAAGAAGAGUUCCACCAAAGUUUCACCCACUCAACCUGGGACAGAAGGACAGUGUUCAGAGAGAAACAGACUUAGAUAUCUCAGAAAACUUGCUCGUCAGUCCAGUCAGGAGCAGAAAUAAAGAACAUGUCUCUACAGAGGUGGAUGAAAGUGUACAUAGACUUGCAAAUGCCUGUAGCCUUCAAGAUCUUGAGGAUGAAAAAAUCAGUGAAGAAGCAUCCCCCGUGGAUAGUCAAGUUGUAAACGGUCACAAGAGUUCUAAUGGUGUUUUCCUCACGAGAAGACGAUCCAGUUCGCUAAGCCGGGAGGAAGUAAAUUUACCAAAAGAAAAGAAACAAGGAUCAGCUCACCAUGUUCGUUCACAAACGAGCGAAGGGACUGGAAAGAGAGGCAACAUGCAGUCGGCUAGACCCAGACCCAGAACCGCGGCCGUGAAAAGCUCCACUACAUUGGGAAGCACAGGUGUAAAAAGUAAAAGAAGACCUUUGUCGGCUCACGUGACGCAGCCCAUGCCCCGGGGCAAGCCGCCUCCAACCUUCGACACAAGUAAAACCAGACGACAACUGGAUGUUAUUGAAAGGGACUUAAAAUUAACAACAAAAGCACUUCAGGAUCGACUGGGUAUCUCUAAACAGGGCUUUGUAUGAACGGGACGAUCAAGACUCAACGAAUGUAACGCACUGUCAAUGGAAGAGGUACAAGGCACCUGGCAAACUGACCGGCUAUGAGGGCGAUCUUGCCUGCCUGGUUUGACCAUCUGGGAGGAAAAUUUUACUUCAAACAUUAAGUUCAGUUCAAAAAGGUUUUGCCUGCCAGUGAAAACCGAUUCUCUUCCUGCUGAAAGUCUUAAUGAAACGCAUGCAAUGGAGGGCCUGGAUGGGGCUUACAUGUACCCUGUACUGAUUGCUGGGAAUUCCUGGUCAAAACUGUAACCGCGAGCUGAGAAGUGACACGUUGGUUUUACUGAUAGCUGAGAUCUGACGGUCUUUCAUGCUUGAUAUAUUACAUCAUUGUUACUACAAUUGUUGUUUGUCACAGUUUUAAAGACGUCAGAGCACAGCUUUGACAUAUUUUCAAUUUAACUUCGAGAAUUUGCAUGGGAUACCCCUUUCAUUUGGGAGAUACACUUUGGUCAGCAUUGAAGAGCUUAAAAACCUAUUAUAUUUGCAAUUGUCUUGCUCAC